AUGAAAAAAGAGAAUACAAAUAGUAAAAAUGAAUUACAUUCGAAUCGUUCAUUUUAUAUUCCAAAACGUAUUAUUGUUGCUUUAUUAACAUCAUUUGGUUUACUUGUUUCAACUUUUAUUCAAACAAAUUUUGCAAUAACAAACUCAUUAAUUUUAAAUCCACAUGAUUCAAAAGAUAUUCCUAUUGAUGAUGAUGAUCAAUUAGCAACGAAGACUCCAAAAGUAAAUUGGACAUCAGUUGAAUUAGGAUAUCUUAAUUCGAUAUUUUAUCUUGGAUAUUUAUUAGCACACAUUCCAUCGGGUUUUCUUGUUCAUAAAUUAUCAGCAAUAAAAAUAUUUUUAUUUCCAUUAUUAUUAUUAUUAAUAUUAAAUUUAUUUAUGCCUCUAUCAAUAAGUGUAAUAACAUCAACAUACAAAUUGAAUUAUUAUAUAACAGGUUUUGUUCGAUUAAUUCAAGGACUUUGUGCAGGUUGUGCUUUUCCAGCAUCACAUGGUAUUCUUGCUAAUUGGUGUCCACCCAGUGAACGUGGAAGAAUGGGUGGUUUUAUUUAUACAGGUCUUUAUGCGGGACCAGUCGUUGGAUUUUUCUUCGGUGGAUUUAUAGCUAAAUAUGCAGGACAUUAUUCAAUUUAUUAUGCAUCAGCUAUUCUUGGCUUAAUAUGGUCUUUAGCAUUUGUUUUUCUUGUCUAUGAAAAACCGAGUGAACAUCCAACAAUAUCUGAAGAAGAACUUAUUUAUAUUGAAAAAAGUAUAGCUGCUGUUCAAUCAUUAUAUGAUAAAAAAGAAACACGUUCAAUGGAUAAAGUUCCAUGGAAAGCAAUAUUAAUAUCAUUACCUGUUUGGGCCAUUUGCUUAGCACAUUUUGCACGUGGUUGGACAUUUUAUUUAUUAUUAACAAAUCAACCAGCUUUUUUAAAUGCAUUUGGUUUUGGUGUUACAGAAAAUGGGACGCUUGGCUCAGUACCACAUAUUAUGACAGUUAUUGUAGCUUUAUCAAGUGGAUUUAUUGCCGAUAAUAUGCGUUUAAAUUUAUUAUGGUCAACAGCAAAUGUUAGAAAAAUCAUGACUUGUACAGGAUAUAUAAUAGAAGGUACAUGUCUUAUUAUAAUGUGUCAGGUAACAAACCCAUAUAUUGGAAUAGCAUUGCUUUCUAUUGGUGUUGGUUCAAGUGGUUUAAUGGUAUCUGGAUGGCAUCUAAAUCAUCAAGAUUUAGCUCCACGAUAUGCAUCAGUUUUAGCUGGUUUCACUGCAGUUAUUGGUACAUCGGCUGGAAUAAUUAGUCCUAUCGUUGCUGGAAUUCUUACUAAAGAACAGGAUUUAAUCGGAUGGCGUCGUGUAUUUACGAUUACUUCUCUUGUUCUUUUUGUAGCUUCUUUAUUCUAUAUGAUAUUUGCAUCGGGUGAAUUACAAUCAUGGGCAACACAAACUCAAUCUGAACAAAAAAUAAGAUUGAAUUCAGAGAAAUUACCACCUUCACUUGGUUCAUUUCAAUAUAAUGUUCAAGAAGGAAGUUAUUCUAGAAACCAAGAUAAAAAUAAUCAACAAUCAGUUAUUAAUGGCAACCAUUAA